CAACACCCCCACCAAGAACAACUUCCACCGUGAGAAUUCGUCCCCUACCAAAACAAACUUAUUCGUAACUUUGUCAUUUGGUAGUCCUCACCAUGGCCGACCCAGAACCCUCUGUGCAGGCUGCAUUGGCAGCAGAUGCGCCCACGAAACAGAGCUCCAAGCAAACGGUCGACCCUUAUAAUGUCGCUGGAGAAAUUGGGGCAGAUGGAAUUGCCAAAGCUAUCAAUUAUCUGACUCUUAUUGAAGAGUUCGGGACAAAGAAGAUUCUGGAGGAGGACCUGGUACGCUUCGAAAAGGUCACUGGACAUAAGCCACACAGGUUCAUGCGGAGAGGAAUUGUGUUCAGCCAUAGAGAUCUUAACUACAUUCUGGACCGCCAUGAAAGAGGAGAACCUUUCUUCCUCUACACCGGCCGGGGACCGUCGAGCGAUAGCAUGCAUAUUGGGCAUACUGUGCCAUUUGAAUUCACCAAGUGGUUACAGGAUGUGUUCGAUGUACCACUGAUCAUCAUGCUUACGGACGACGAAAAGUACAUCUUCUCCGAGAAGAGAACAAUCGAGGAGGUUACGAGCUAUACCUGGGACAAUGCGAAGGAUAUCAUUGCUGUCGGCUUCGACCCAAAGAAGACCUUCAUGUUCAGCGACUACGACUAUAUGGGAGGAGCUUUCUACAGAAACGUAACUCGAAUCUCCAAACAUGUUACGUUGAAUGUGGCUCGUGCAGUCUUUGGCUUCAAUGACAGUUCCUGCAUAGGUAAAAUCCACUUUGGAGCCGUUCAAGGCGCAACUUCCUUCGCAUCCUCGUUUCCACACAUCUUCGGCACCGACGAGUCGAAAACAAACCUGAUUCCCGCCAUUAUUCCCUGCGCUAUUGAUCAAGAUCCCUACUUCCGGAUGACUCGAGAUGUUGCAGCACGUCUGCACUUCGCCAAGCCCGCUCUUAUACACGCACGUUUUCUCGACGCUUUACAAGGCCCUGGUUCUAAGAUGAGCGCCUCGGUUGAUAGCUCAGCUAUCUUCAUGAAGGAUCAACCAAAUCAGAUCAAGAACAAGAUCAAUAGGUAUGCAUUUUCUGGUGGCCAGGUGACCGAGGCGGAACAAAGAGAAAAAGGUGGCGAUGCGGAGAAGGAUGUGUCUUACCAAUACUUAACUUUCUUCCUCGAGGAUGAUGACGAGUUGGAGCGCAUUCGGGUUGCAUACACCAAGGGUGAAUUGCUGACUGGGGAGCUGAAAGCUAAGUGCAUAGCUGAGCUGCAGACUUACGUGAAGGGAUUCCAAGAACGCAGAGCGGCGGUGACGGACGAUGUGGUCAAAGUCUUUAUGGCGAGGAAGAAGCUGGAAUGGAGAGGAAAUCCAAAUGCCAUCGUUGUCAAAAAACCUGAAGGGGAGAGUGCCGGGGGCGAGGCUGCCGGGGAAGGAACCCCAAAGAUGACAAAGAAUCAGGAAAAGAAGUUGGCUAAGCUUAAGGCUAUCGAGGAGAAGAAAGCAGCUGCAAAAGCGGGUUCGGCAUCGUGACGAUAGUUGAUUAGGGACGACGAUUUAUGUAGACGAUACCCAGCAGAAUGCUAAUGCAGCCCUAGCACAG